GGCAGGGCAAAGGGAGGGGGCAGGCUCUGAGAUACAUUUUUUGCGGGACAGCUGGGGUCCAAAGAAUAUCUAGUGUGACCCCUUCCACUUCCAGGUUCACUGUCUUCGAGGCUAUAAUCUUCCAAAAUAUUAUUGAGGCAUAAGAUUUUGGCCCUAGUUUGACCGACUCUCCUUGUUCACCAUGGGGGAGCUCUUCCGGAGCGAAGAAAUGACCCUCGCACAACUUUUUCUUCAGUCUGAAGCAGCGUACUGCUGUGUCAGCGAACUGGGAGAACUUGGAAAGGUCCAGUUUCGAGAUCUAAACCCAGAUGUGAAUGUGUUCCAACGUAAAUUUGUUAACGAAGUUCGGAGGUGUGAAGAGAUGGACAGGAAACUCCGAUUUGUGGAGAAGGAGAUUAAAAAGGCCAAUAUUCCUAUCACAGACACUGGCGAGAAUCCAGAGGUGCCAUUUCCUCGUGACAUGAUCGAUUUGGAGGCAAACUUUGAGAAGAUUGAAAAUGAGCUCAAAGAGAUAAACACAAACCAGGAGGCAUUGAAAAGGAACUUCCUAGAGCUGACGGAAUUAAAAUUCAUACUGCGCAAAACACAGCAAUUUUUUGACGAGGCUGAAUUGCAUCAUCAGCAGAUGGCGGAUCCCGAUUUGUUGGAGGAGUCCUCAUCACUGCUGGAUCCAAGUGAAGUGGGAAGAGGAACCCCACUGCGACUGGGAUUUGUGGCUGGUGUCAUUAGCCGUGAGCGGAUCCCCACUUUUGAACGAAUGCUAUGGAGGGUAUGCCGUGGAAACGUCUUCCUGCGUCAAGCUGAAAUUGAGAAUCCACUGGAAGACCCUGUCACGGGUGACUACGUGCACAAGUCUGUGUUCAUUAUUUUCUUCCAAGGUGACCAACUGAAAAACAGAGUUAAGAAGAUUUGUGAAGGAUUCCGGGCUUCUCUCUAUCCCUGCCCAGAAACACCCCAGGAGAGGAAGGAAAUGGCUGCUGGAGUCAACACCAGGAUUGAUGACCUUCAGAUGGUCCUAAACCAAACAGAGGAUCAUCGGCAGAGGGUCCUGCAAGCUGCCGCAAAGAACGUUCGUGUCUGGUUCAUAAAAGUGCGCAAGAUGAAGGCAAUCUACCACACCCUGAACCUCUGUAAUAUUGAUGUGACCCAGAAAUGCCUCAUUGCUGAAGUCUGGUGCCCUGUUGCUGACCUUGACUCCAUUCAGUUUGCCCUCAGGCGUGGCACAGAACACAGUGGAUCCACUGUCCCCUCCAUCCUAAACAGGAUGCAGACUAACCAGACGCCCCCCACAUACAACAAGACCAACAAGUUCACUGCUGGAUUUCAAAAUAUAGUAGAUGCCUAUGGUAUUGGAACCUACCGUGAGAUCAAUCCAGCCCCAUACACUAUCAUUACCUUCCCCUUCCUGUUUGCUGUGAUGUUUGGGGAUGUGGGCCAUGGACUUCUGAUGACGCUUUUUGCUGUGUGGAUGGUCAUCAGAGAGAGUCGAAUUUUGUCACAGAAGAGUGACAAUGAGAUGUUCAGCACCAUUUUCAGUGGCCGGUACAUCAUUCUCCUGAUGGGCAGUUUUUCCAUUUACACUGGCCUGAUUUAUAAUGACUGCUUCUCAAAGUCACUCAACAUGUUUGGCUCAUCAUGGAGUGUUCGGCCAAUGUUCACCAAAGACAACUGGACGGAAGAUCUUCUUCGGGAAUAUCCUGUUCUUCAGCUCGAUCCUGCCAUUGAUGGGGUCUUUGGUGGACCAUACCCUUUUGGCAUAGAUCCGAUAUGGAAUAUUGCCUCCAACAAACUGACCUUCCUCAACUCUUUUAAGAUGAAAAUGUCAGUCAUCCUGGGCAUCAUCCAUAUGAUGUUUGGAGUCGCACUCAGUCUUUUCAACCACAUCUAUUUUAAGAAACCUCUGAAUAUCUACCUUGGGUUUAUUCCUGAAAUCAUCUUCAUGUCAUCACUCUUUGGAUAUCUGGUUAUUCUGAUCUUCUAUAAAUGGACAGCUUAUAAUGCUGCAAUCUCAAUGGAUGCACCAAGCCUUCUCAUCCACUUCAUCAACAUGUGUCUCUUCACCUAUGACAAAAAUGACAAAAUGCUUUAUCGUGGACAGAAAGGUCUCCAGUGCUUCUUGGUAGUGGUAGCAUUGUUGUGUGUGCCAUGGAUGUUGGUUGCAAAACCCCUGAUCCUUCGGCAGCAGUACCUCCGAAGAAAGCACUUGGAAGGGCAGCCUGAGGAGCCCCCUGUCAGCCCAGCUCAGAGCCCGCAGGCAGUAGAAGCAGCAGCGGCUGCAACAGGAACACUCAAUUUUGGUGGAAUCCGAGUGGGCAAUGGGCCAACCGAAGAAGAUGCUGAGAUUAUCCAGCAUGACCAGCUUUCAACCCAUUCAGAUGAGGGGGAAGAGCCUGCCGUGGAGGAGGUGUUUGACUUUGGGGAUACAGUUGUCCACCAGGCUAUCCAUACCAUUGAAUACUGCUUGGGAUGCAUCUCCAACACAGCCUCAUACCUGCGCCUCUGGGCACUCAGUCUGGCUCAUGCACAGCUCUCAGAGGUCCUCUGGACCAUGGUGAUCCAUGUGGGGCUCAGUGUGAACAGCUUGGCAGGUGGAUUUGGGUUGUUCUUUGUGUUUGCCGCUUUUGCCACCCUGACUGUGGCCAUCUUACUCGUCAUGGAGGGCCUCUCUGCUUUCCUGCAUGCCCUCCGCUUGCACUGGGUGGAAUUCCAGAACAAGUUCUACACAGGCGCUGGAUUCAAGUUUCUCCCAUUCUCAUUUGACAGCAUUUGUGACGGGCGGUUUGAUGAAUAAUCCCCUUAAGACUUAAGUGUUGGACAUGUGGCAGUAAAUCUUGACUCUCUUCUGCAUGUGUGUGUUUGCCUGUGUGAUUGUCUGAAAUUGUGUAACUCUCCUGAUUUAGCCACAAUUUGCUACUGUGACAAUAAUUUGCUUUUAUUUAAGUACCUUGAUGAUGGGAAAAAGGAAAUUAUGAGGAGUCCAUUGGGAUAGCAUUGUGGUCCUGGUAAGCACUGGAGCAGGAUAGUGGCCCUCAGGUUGCAUAGACAAGGAUGUCUUGAGAAAAGAUUGUGGCCUACUGUCAAAGAACACAAUCAUGGUCAUCUCCAGUUAUCCUGAUCACUGCAGGCAUGCUAACAGCUCAGUGUGGUAGCAGAACACAAUCUUAAGUUUCUAGUCCUUUUUGUACCUUGGAAAUACGUACUUGGGUUCAUAUACAUUUUAUGAAAACCUGAUUAAAUGGAGCUCUGUCUACCCCGUGGUUCUCAACCUGUGGGUCGCCGGAUGUUUUGGCCUUCAACUCCCAGAAAUCCUAACAGCUGGUAAACUGACUGGGAUUUCUGGGAGUUGUAGGCCAAAACACCUAGGAACCCAAAGGUUGAGAACUAUUGGUCUCAAUAGUUCCCCUUUCCUACACAUUUGUCUGCUCUUUGCUCUAAAACUGUAUUCCGGAUUUCUUCUACAUGCCCGAAUUCAGUUGGAAUCCUAAGGAUCAGCGUUUACUCAUUCAGGCAUGUUGCCCACAUUCUUCCCCAUACACUCCCCAUGGCACCCCCUUUGCUUCCGUGCAAUCACUAUAGUAAAAUUAGCCUUUUAGAUUUUUGCAAAGGCAUAAUCAAAAGAGGCUCCUCACUGACAUCCACUACAUGUCCCAGUCUUCCACCUCUACUCAGAGCGUUAACUGCUACUCCCUUUCUUUCACACUUGCUCUCAUCUUGCAAACUAAAUUUUCUCCCCUCUCCCCUUUCUCUGCUUCAAGCAAUGUACGUGGGUGGGAAUCUUUAGGAAACUUGGACUGAAAGCAAGUAAUUCGUUGGGAGUGGUGACCCCAAAUAGCCUUGUAACUUGGCAGUGUUGGAAUUUGUCCUUCCAUAGAUGAGAGCAAGCCACUAAGCGAGGGGAAAGAAAGUUUGCUCACUUGAUGUGUUGUCUAGCCAUAGCCAACCUGUGCUUGACUGAAUUGGAUUUGCUAUUAAGGAAACAUUGAUUAACACUGCCUCAAAAUUUGAACAGCUUGUUUUGUUCCAAGGAAACUCUGGGUCUUUUGCCUCCAGAAAACUCCCACGUAAUGCUGGCUUCCAUUACUCGACACAGGAAAAAGCUGCCCUUACCACGCCCCAGCUACCAGCAAAUAAAAGCUGUUGCAUAGCAGCACUUGUGUUAUUUAGGAAGGGCUUCCCUUGGAAAAUAGAAAUCUACUGAGGGCAACCCCUGCCUUCUCUUUGUGCAGAAAGUGGUGUAGUAAAAAGCCUGGGCUUCAUAUGUCUGUGAAAUAAGUAUUUAUGUGAUCCAUGGGUGUGUGUGUGUAUUGUGUAACACAAAUGUGCACUUUUAUACAAGUGUCUCAAUAGGAGACCUUGGAGCACCUCUAUUGAGCACUUAAGACAAGAGUCCAGAUCCAAUAUGGUAACUUCUCAGGAAGGUGCUAGUACAUUAAUUGCUCUCGAGAAGACAUUGAAGUUACAGGUUCUGCUUGUGUGUGUAAGAUAAUAGAGGACCCUGUCAUUAUGUUUACCUGUGCUGUCUGGAAAACUGUAGCAUGCAAUGAAGUUUUGCCUGGCUGUUCUCGUCAGCCAAUCACUGUAUCUAUUAAACAAGUUAAUGUACA